UAAAGAACAGAUCCAUAAUACCUAUUGUAUUCCGCUUUAAUUACGACGCAGCUUAAAAUCGUCAAAAAGAGAUAGUACUAUCUAUAAAAAACAUUAAUGGUAACGUGAUUGGGAUUUCAAUUAUGUAGAAACUUUCGGAGAAAAUUUAUUUACAAAUUCUUAUAUUUCUAUCUCUCAUCUCGUGAGAAAUAAUUUUAAUAUCUCGACUAGGCCGUUCUAUAGCAUCGAGUAGACCAUCUAUGUGAAUCCAAUUUACCCGUGGAGAUUGAAUACCGUGUGUGCUCGCGUAUGUAUAUAUCAGUGCGUACGCGAUUGAAGCCGUUUGGUAACGAGCGCAACCGCAACCGCUCCGUCACACUCGUCGCCAUUUUGUUUAUUUUCGCGUGACAGAGAGAGAGAGAUCCGCGAGAGCGACGAUCACGACGUACAGGAUCGGCUCGCGUAUUCGUUCGUGCUUCGUUUAAGCAACGUCCAGCUCCAGAAGCUGGGGAGAAAGAAAGAAAGAAAAGAACCCCGUUGAAGAGACAACGGCACACGGGUGAAAGCUCGGAAGUCGCAGGCGAGUCGAUCGAGAGAAUCGCAAUCAGCGCGAUCGAGAUCCGUGAGCGACACACGAACGAGCAGCCGAAAGGGAAGCGAACGAAGUAGGCAACGGAGUGAGUUGUCAUCGUCGACCGCGAUCUUCGUCGUCCAUCGUACAUACGACGACGUAGUCGGGUAUAUAUAUAUAUAUAUAUAUAUAUCACGUCAUCGCUGAGGGCCGGUAAAACGGCGUAGCGAGAACCGUUCUUCACGGAUCGGUCGUGCGUGUGCGGGAGGGGGGGGAGGAGGUCGGUGCGCGAGGCGCCGGAACGUGAAGCGAGACGACGGCUGCCGCCACUAACACCAUCGCCAUCAGUCACUACUACUACCACGACUAGCAUCGUCAAUCGCUAGCAGUGGCAGCAGCACCAUCCACUACUAUUACUGCUACUACUACAACCAGUACCACACCAUCAUCAUCAUCAUCAUUAUUAUCAUCGUAGAAGUCUCCGUCGCCGUCGUCGCUACUACCACCGCCGCGAAGGUAGCCGCGAUCGUAGCCGUGGCGACAUUUGGAGGAACGUGAAAAGAGAGUACGUGUACGGGUAGUACGGGUACUCGAGUCGCGGACCUAGCGAUUUAAUAACACACAGGGUGGAAUAUAUGCUGUGGGCGUCCCCCGUACGAGUGGGGGCACUUGAUGGCCGCAGAAAUUGGGCGAACUGCGAGCAAACAUCUAUCGUCGGAGUGCGGUAAAGCGACGUCGCUGAGUCCCGGUAGCGACGUGAGCUUGGAUAACAGUCGGGUGACUGUAGGAACAGAGCAGCAACGGCAAUCCUCGCCGCCGCCACCGCCACCACCGCCGCCGCCGCCGCCGCCGCAACAGCAACAGCAGCAGCAACAUCCACAACAGAAACGUACAUCGGCGUCAGCACACCAGAUCAGGAAAGCAUUCGGUAAAACAACGACAACGACAACAACUUCACCUUGCCGGAAUCGUCCAUCGUUCGCGACCGCGCAACCAACAGCGGAUAACGAUCAACAGCAGCAGGCACCGAUCAACGCGGACAACGUAACCUCGACGGCGGAGGCCGUCACCGAGGUACCCGGCGCCAUCAAGACGACCAUCAACAUCGGCUUCGCGAUGAACCACGUAAACGACCAGGAGAAUCUGAAGCAGCUCAGCCUCGCACCCGUUCAAGUUAACGAGGUCGAGGAAAUGGACACGCAGGAGGAAACUCCAAACGAUGGUGGGGGGGAUGGAACAGACAAUCGUCCUAUAAAUGGUGAACCAGAAUUAGCGUGUAUAGUUCAAGAUCAAGAGAUGGAAGAAGAUGAGGCUCGAUCCGAAGCAACUUUUCGAUACACUGUUGAGAAUAUAUCCAAGAUGAAAGAUUCACAAUUAUCACCUGCAUGUUAUGUUCGCAAUUUACCAUGGAAAAUAAUGGUGAUGCCACGAUCAAGUCAGACACAAGAAAGACAGCCGCAGAGAUCACUUGGAUUUUUCCUUCAGUGUAAUGGAGAGAGCGAAUCGACAUCAUGGAGUUGUUAUGCUGUCGCUGAGUUACGUCUCCUUUCUUGUAAAGAAGGACAAGAGCUAUUUAGCAGAAAAAUUCAACAUCUCUUCUAUAGUAAAGAGAAUGAUUGGGGCUUUAGCCAUUUCAUGACAUGGCAGGACGUUUUGGAUCCUGAAAGAGGUUUUAUCAAAGAUGAUUCAAUUACGCUUGAGGUUCAUGUAGUGGCUGAUGCACCCCAUGGAGUCAGUUGGGACAGUAAAAAACACACAGGAUAUGUAGGAUUAAAGAAUCAAGGUGCUACGUGUUACAUGAAUUCUUUAUUACAAACUCUGUAUUUCACAAACCAGUUGCGAAAAGCGGUGUAUAAAAUGCCAACAGAAAGCGAUGAUUCGAGUAAGAGUGUCGCACUAGCCUUGCAAAGGGUUUUUCAUGAGUUACAAUUUUCUGACAAACCUGUCGGUACAAAGAAAUUAACUAAAAGUUUUGGAUGGGAAACGCUGGAUUCUUUCAUGCAGCAUGAUGUUCAGGAAUUUCUACGUGUGCUAUUAGAUAAGCUGGAAAGCAAAAUGAAAGGAACGUGCGUGGAAGGUACAGUGCCAAAAUUGUUUGAGGGAAAAAUGGUCUCUUUUAUCAAGUGUAAAAACAUAGACUACAAAUCCACAAGAGUUGAAACAUUUUAUGACAUACAGUUAAAUAUAAAGGGCAAGAAGAACAUUUACGAGUCUUUUAGCGAUUAUGUGAGUACAGAAAGUCUCGACGGCGAUAAUAAAUACGACGCGGGAGAGCAUGGAUUACAAGAAGCAGAAAAGGGUGUAAUCUUCUCCUCAUUUCCACCGGUUUUACAUUUACAUUUAAUGCGUUUCCAGUAUGAUCCAGUUACAGAUUGUUCUGUCAAAUUUAAUGACAGGUUCGAGUUUUAUGAAAAGAUUAGUCUUGGCAAAUAUCUGCAAAACAAAGAAGCAACAAGUGCAGAUUACACAUUACAUGCAGUUCUGGUCCAUAGUGGUGACAAUCAUGGUGGACAUUAUGUUGUAUUUAUUAAUCCUGCUGGUGAUGGCAAGUGGUGCAAGUUCGACGAUGAUGUUGUCUCGCGAUGUACAAAACAGGAAGCUAUCGAACACAACUAUGGUGGUCAAGAUGAGGAUAUGUCUAUGGCUGUGAAACAUUGCACUAACGCUUAUAUGCUGGUUUACAUAAGAAAUUCAGAGCUGGAAAACGUUUUGCAAGAAGUCAAGGAAGAGGAUAUACCUCAAGAGCUGGUGGAGAGGCUGCAAGAGGAGAAGAGGCUGGAACAGAUAAGAAGAAAGGAAAGAACGGAGGCAUACUUGUACAUGACCGUCAAUGUCCUUCUCGAGGAUAGCUUUGACGGUCACCAAGGAAAUGAUCUCUACGACCCAGAGCACGCUUUAUAUCGUGUAUUUCGCGUACGUAAGCAGGCCACUGUGCACGAGUUUCUCGAGCUACUGAGUGAUAGUCUGAAAUAUCCGAUAGAACAGAUUCGCAUUUGGCCGUUCAGUCAACGUUCGAAUCAAACCUGCAGACCUACAUUAAUCGAGCCGGAUGCUGAUCUUCAAAAGCCCAUCAUCGAUUGCGCGGAAAAUCAUAAUCCAUGGAAUGUAUUCGUCGAACUUGUCCCUCCAGAUUCUGACAUGACGGCAUUACCGCCUUUCGACAAGGAUACCGAUGUUUUACUCUUUUUUAAACUUUAUGAUCCCAAAAAUAAGAAAAUCCAUUACUGUGGUCAUCAUUAUAUGCCUGUUGUAGCCAAAGUCCAGGAGCUCAUACCAAUUUUAAAUGAACGCGCGGGAUUCCCACCAGAUACAGAACUUGCUUUAUAUGAGGAAAUUAAACCAAAUCUAGUUGAGAAAAUAGACAAUCUAACAGAACCCUUGGAAAAAGUUUUGGAGGAGUUAAUGGACGGUGACAUUAUUGUAUUUCAAAAGGAAGGAGAUAAUGAGAUGUAUGAACUUCCAACAUGUCGAGAAUAUUUUAAAGAUCUGUUCUAUAGGGUAGAAGUAACGUUUUGUGAUAAAACGAUUCCCAACGAUCCAGGUUUUACGAUGGAACUUUCGCUAAGAAUGACGUACGAUCAAAUGGCGAAGGCUGUAGCACAACGAGUCGGCACAGAUCCGUACCUUUUACAAUUCUUUAAAUGUCAAAAUUAUAAAGAUUCUCCCGGCCAUCCUUUAAAAUGUACAUUCGAAGGCACGCUCAAAGAACUGGUUUCGUACUGCAAAUCGAAAGUAAAGAAAUUAUUUUAUCAACAGCUCAGUAUUAGAGUAAACGAGCUAGAAAACAAGAAACAGUUUAAGUGCAUAUGGGUCGGCCCGUCACUUAAAGAGGAGAAGGAGAUUAUACUUUACCCGAAUAAAAAUGGUACCGUUGCCACUCUACUCGAGGAGGCUAAGAAGCAAGUAGAAUUAUCGGAAAACGGAUCGGGAAAACUGAGGAUAUUAGAAAUAAAUUGCAACAAACUUUUACCCGGCCCCGGAGACGAUGUACUUUUAGAUAACUUAAACUCGUCAGGCACCAAGCUGUAUAGGAUAGAAGAAAUUCCGAAUGACGAAUUGCAUCUAGCGGAAGGCGAAAUGCUGGUUCCUGUUGCGCAUUUUCAUAAAGACGUUUUCUCAACGUUCGGCAUACCCUUUUUCUUCAAAAUCAAGAAUGGUGAACCUUUUCAAAAAAUGAAGGAUAGAUUGCUAAAGAAAUUAGGAGUACAGGAAAAAGAAUUCGAAAAGUUCGCGGUGGUGUCAAUGGGCAAGCCACAGUUCAUUAUCGACUCGCCGGACUGUUGUAUCAAAGUCGACGAUUUCCUUCCUAGAUUUUCCGGUCAGAUCUAUCCACUUUUAAACGCAGGCACAUCGCCACACAGGCCUUGGCUUGGCCUGGAACAUGUCAACAAAGCGCCAAAGCGCUCUCGUAUCAACUACCUCGAAAAGGCCAUUAAGAUUUACAAUUAAAUUUCCACCACACGAAGAAGAAAUUAAAUUAGGCAGCCACUUAUAAUAAUUUAUAUACGACUCUGUAUAGUAAGAGAAUGACGUCUGAUAUACUAAAGGUUGGAAAAUGCUUUUAUGUAUUCGUUUCUUCAGCCAGAUUAAAACUAUGCAAUUUUAAUACUGCGAGAACGAUAUCGGAAGGUAAAUCCAAGCUUUGUAUACGAUGAAUUAUAAGAUUGUCGUGAAAUGUGCAGUGCUAUUUUAUGCAUCAUGGAAGAGCGAUAAAAUAGUUCCUCGAUUCGAAUUUGUAAAAGUUUUAUUGGCCCGAUGCUUACUUUGGCGUCACUCAGUACGGAUUUUCGCCUAGACUUCGAGAAUGUUUGAUUAUAAAAUGCACAUACAUUGUACCUAAUAUUAUUGUGUCUCUGAUAAUUCUCUCUAAUAAACUAUUUCUUUCUUUUUUUUUAUUUUAUUUUAUUAGGAAAACGUGACUUUUGUGUGAGAAAUAUACCGGCUUUUAUCCUAUCACGUAAAAUCUGUAUAUAAUUGUUACAUCCCAAGAGGUACCAUAUUAUGUUCUGCAUGAUGUAACAUUUAACACUCGUAACGUAUUAUUGGUAUCGAGAAAGAUUGCCUACACACUCCCCUUUUAUGCUGUGUCUGUAUUCAGAAUAUUCAAAAUGUGGAGCUUGCCAUUAAUAUUGUGCUAGAAAAAAGAGCGAUGUCACAUUUUUAAUUUACCCGAAGAUUUUGUGACGCAAAGUAUAUCGUCUCAUAAAAAUUCUAACAUUUAAGACAAAUCUAUUCCAUUGAUUCGAAAUAUAAUUCAAGAAUUUCCUUCUCUUUUGUAUUUUCUUCGUAUUUUCGAACAAAAUCUAGAAAACUAUUUUAUUUUAUGUCGCGUUAUAAGAAUAUAAGAGGAUAGAAAGUGCGUAAGCUAAAUUUCUAAGUUGCCUUUCCUGGAAUAUUAUUCUUCUUAGAGCAUAUUUUUUGUGAGUUUUAUCUUGUAUAUUUUUUACUAUAUAAUGCCAGUACGUAAAAUGCAAAUAUAAAAGGGUAUAUAGAUAUCUAAAACAAGAAAUUGACGAAACGAGCAAUGCUUAAUCUAGACAAAGAAAUUCUCGGUGAGAUGCAAACGCUAGUUUAAGCAAAUCGCAUAUAAUAACGUAUUCGUUUUUUUCUUUUUUUUUUUUCACCGCUUCACCUUCAACUGCUCCAUUUUUGAGAAGCAAUGUGUAGGAGAUAAUGAUUUAAUCAUCCAGAAAUCAUCAUAGUAUUUUCUUAUUAAAUUGAUCAUAAAUUAGCAACUUAUUUUUCCUUUUUAUAUUUAAUUUAUAAAAUACGACAAAAAAGUAGAUCUCGCACGAAUGAUUUUCAGGAAAGUAACCCGCGUGUUGCGCAAGAGCUCUGCUAUUUGCGGAUACUUAUUUAUCAUUUUCUACACCUUACUGUGAUCAAUUCAAUUUAGCCAACAUGUAUUUAAACAUCAUACCGCCGCCUCUGGAAUAUUCGAAAUAGUUUAAUUGUAAAUGUCAAAGAAGAGGGAUACCGAGCUUUCUACGUGUGCAUUAUUUAAUAAAUUUCAUUUUAUGUUAAGAAACUGUUUAUUACUCAUAAGUUUUAAAUGAGUUAGAUCUAUAAGGAUGUAAAUUUAAGCUAUUUUGAAUGUUUAAACUUCUAAAGAAUUGCAGACCACUUGAAAGUCAUAACAAAAUCAUAAUGUGUUCAAAGUGCAAAAGCGAAAUUUGUACUUUGUAAAGUGGCAUAAAAUGGUACACCAAACACACACACAUACACACACACAUGUACAUGAAUUACUAAAGUGUUUCAAUAUAUUUACCCGGCAAUUUAUCGGAAACUUUGUAUGUGUGUGUGUGUGCGUGUUUUUUUUCCUGAUUAAUAAUAUAAUCGAUUAAUAAUAAUAAUAAUAAAACAGAAAUCUAUGUGACGCGCAAUAGUUUUUAAUGAAGACUGGACAAAUAAGUUAAACCACAGCAUAUUUUGUAAAAAAAAAAAAAGAAAGAAA